AUGGAAACAGACCAGACCAGACAUGAGACGGAAGAAAGUUUGACCCUUAAGAAAAUUGGCACAUCAUGCAACAUCUCUAACAAACUCCAGAAUGGCGGGACCUUUUUAGAUGGGGAUACUCUUCAAAUUACUGGUGCUACAAACUGGAACAACUACAAGGCCAGCACAGGUUCCAACUCCAUGAAGAGACAAAAUGAAACUUGUAAUGACCCUGGAUCAUUACAAGGGCUGUUGGAUCAGGGAUCCUUUACGAUGAAUGGAGAUUUGAUGAAUGGAGAUUUCAAACAUGCACUCACUGAACAGCCAUUCCUGGUUGGUCAGAAUAAAAAAUUUAAAGUAGAUUCAGAGAUUGCUGAAUUGACAAAAAACACAGAAUAUGAGUGCAAUGCUCAGGCAGAUAUAAAAUUAGGAACCAGAAAUUGCACAAUUCCUAACGGAGAUCAUUUUCCUCUGCCAAGAAACAAACAGGUCUCAAUUAACGGUGCUGCACUUACCACCUCUACAAUAGAAAGUACACCAGGUGAUCUUUUGGAGAAAACUUUGUCUCAGUAUUACCCUGAGCAAGUAUCAAUUGCACCCCAGAGGUCUGGGUCAGAAGAUGCUAUGAAUUGUUCUCUUACAAAUAAACUGCCCAGUGACGAUCUUAUACCUUCGACUUUAACUUCAGACUUUCCCAAUUCUGCUCAGACACUUGAAACUCAACCACGACAGGCUGGGACAUCUGGUAUUGAAGACAGUGUCAAUAAUUUUAACUCUAUAAACUAUGUAGUGAAUGGAUACUCGAACAAUCAUGAAACAGAAUACCAGCAGAAAAAACAACAGCAUCAACACCUGCCACAGUCUUGCUCUAGCCACGAAGGAUCUCUUGGUCAGCUCCUUGGCAUGGCUCCAUCAUCAAACAUUGCCAACUCCUUGCAACAACAUAAAAACAGCCUACAGUCUUACCCUAAUGACUCAAAUCCUCAACAAGGGUAUCAGAAUAUUAAUCAUAAUUUGGAUCUCCCCAAUUUUAAAGAGUGCAACACUCAAAAGACAACUGAGACAGUAAUGGCAAAAUAUGAACCCUCACCCAACUCUGAAAUACAAAACAUGGCGCAAGUAGGGAAACCUGGGUCUGGUCAUGCUCACCAGUUUGGGAUUCAACGCAGACAUUUUCCACAGAAUGUUGAAAACAUACAAGGAUCUGACAGCAUGGUCACUAAGGGACCUAAUCCCCAGCAGUCAAUUCAGGUUGGAUUAGGAAACAGUAUGGAUAACACAACCCAGCAAACAGGCAACUUGUUGUGUUCUACCCUCCAGCAGGGCAGCUGGAUGGAACAGAACCCUGCAAAGCAACAGACAAGUGGAUUGUCAUCCCAGGCAGAGCAGGAAAAGGGGGGGUUGUCUGCCAAGGCCCUGUCAGACCAACAGAGACAUAGCCUACAAGUUCAAGGUCAGAUUUUGGACGAACAGUCUACACAAAAGUUUGAGCAACCUGGAAUGUUCAAACAAAACAUUCUGGGGUGUAACACUAUACAGGCCCAACAACUUAGUCUCCUAGGCCAAUCACAUUUGGCUUCAGCCCCAAACAACAAUGAUUCAGAAUGGCAGCAAUCCAAUUCUAACACAAAUUUAAUGCAGAAGACUCCACCCCAGAAAAAGCACUAUCAACAGACAGGGGGACAUUACCCCACCACUGUGCAGUCCGAGCACUUACACGACAACCCUGAACCGCAGGACACAUUGUCGCCUGACUUCUUUGCAACACAGCAACAGCAGCACUGUAAUCUUCCACGUCCACUGUCCCACCCGCCACAAUUUGAAGAACAGCAACUUAAGUCUCCCAUUUACAGACCUCACAGUCAGCCUCAGCCAAGUCAAAUUCAACUUAACCAGCAACCCAGAAACAACUCUUUUCAUCCCAGCAGUCAUGCCUGCUACAAAAACACAACAGAUAUUCAGAUACAAUGUCAAAGAUCGUUUUCCCCAAACUCAGUCACCACUGAGUCCAAGCAAUUUCAAAAGCAGCGACCCAAUAACUGCCACCCUUCGAAAAAUAUGGACUUCCCACAGACUUCUACACAAACAUAUCUGCAACAAGGUGCAACAAACAAACAAAUACCAACACAUGUACAUCCUAAGACCGAACACCAGCUGAACGCAUGUUCUCAGUUCCAAAGGGGAUCUCACUUGGGCUUGCCAAUUCCUCAAGGAGACUACCAGAGGCAUGAAACCUUACGCAUGCAUCUGUUACAACGGCAAGAGCGACAGGGCCCUCCCCAUUCUACACAAAGCACUUGGGAUAGCAAACAUGGUCUCGCGAAUAUAAAAAUUGAAAAUGAACCCAGAUUUAAUGCACUUGGCUCACAGCAGAAUCUGGGUGGAUUGCAAAUCAAGCAGGAGAAUCAAGAGUCUUCUUGUGAGAACAUUAGGCAGAAUAAUAUACUAGCUUCCAUGGAACAAAGCCUAAAACAGUACCAACUGUCUCCCGUGUUUGAGAAGAAAUCCUUCAUUCUCAAUUCAAAUAAAGUCAAAGUGGAAUCUUCUGGGCCCGUCACAAUCCUGUCAACCAACACCGGGAUGUGUAAAGUGGAAUCAUCUGGUGCUGCUAUGUCCACAAUGACUUUUAAAAGAACACCUGACUCAACACCCAAGAAAGAACAACUCUUACAGAGAUUCAUGGAGUCUCCGAUGAAGCUAUUAGAUACCCCCAUAAAAAGUCUACUUGAUACGCCAAUUAAAACACAAUAUGAGAUUGCAUCCUGCCACUGUGUUGAACAAAUCAGUGAGAAGGAUGAGGGCCCGUACUAUACUCACCUGGGAUCAGCGCCUACGGUUGCUGGUAUACGGGAGGAGAUGGAGAGAAGGUCUGGUUUACAUGGUCAAGCCAUCAGGAUUGAGAAAGUGGUGUACACUGGGAAGGAAGGAAAAAGUACACAGGGGUGCCCUAUUGCAAAAUGGGUAAUCCGCCGAGCCAGUGUAGAAGAAAAGCUACUGGUGUUGGUUCGAGAACGCACUGGACAUAAAUGUGACACUGCCUGCAUAAUUGUUGCUAUCCUAGUCUGGGAGGGCAUUCAACCCAGCCUAGCAGACAAGCUCUACCUUGAGCUAAGUGAAACUCUAACAAAACAUGGAGCCCUCACCCAAAGAAGAUGUGCUCUCAAUGAAGAGAGGACCUGUGCAUGUCAGGGAUUAAAUCCAGAUGCAUGUGGAGCUUCAUUCUCCUUUGGAUGCUCAUGGAGCAUGUACUACAAUGGCUGCAAAUUUGCAAGGAGUAAAAUUCCAAGAAAAUUCAAACUACAAGGAGAUGAUGUCAGAGAGGAAGAGCGAUUGGAGCAAAAUUUUCAACAUCUUGCAACCUUACUAGGCCCCUUGUACAAAACAAUGGCACCUGAAGCUUAUGGAAACCAGGUGGAACAUGAGCAGAGAGCACCCGAUUGUCGUCUGGGGGUAAAGGACGGUCGACCUUUCUCUGGGGUUACUGCUUGUCUGGACUUCUGUGCUCAUGCUCAUAGAGAUGUCCACAACAUGCAAGGGGGGAGCACUGUAGUAUGCACGUUAACAAGGGAAGAUAACAGAGAGAUUGGAAAAAUACCAGAGGAUGAGCAGCUCCAUGUCCUGCCACUGUAUAAAGUUGCCAACACAGAUGAGUUCGGCAGUGAGGGGGGUCAGCAGGAAAAAAUCCGCUCGGGUGCUAUUCAAGCCCUCAGUGCCUUCCGCCGCCAGGUGCGUAUGCUCGCUGAGCCUGCCAAGUCAUGUCGCCAGAAGAAGCUGGAGUCUAAGAAAGCAAACGCUAUCAAGAACAACAUGACAGACAACUCUCAUGAUAAGGCUGACAAAGUUACCCCUUCUAAGAUGAAAGCUGGGAAUGGUGAAAACAUCACUCUGAGCACACUUGUGCCAGGUGCUAUUGGAGCCUCUCAACAUCGAAAUCAACCGAUAGACUCCCUCGGAGCUCACUCUCAGCAAGUGCAGCAUCAACAGCACGAGAACAUUAUUACCUCUUAUACCGGUGCAACAAACGCUGCCAAAUACCUUCAUGGCCAUCCAGGAUCUUUUCCAAGCACUUCAACUCCAGGGAGCAUGUUUCCCCAUCAAUCCACAGCACCAGCAAGCCCUUACCCCUCCUCUGCCCAGGCUCCCAACUCGUUCAUUGAUGGAUCUAAACGUUCCUACCCUGGCUACCAAUGUAACGGUGGUAUGCCGCUUGAAAACUACCAUCCGUACUAUGCUUCAAACCAAAAGCAACUGGACAUGUAUCAACAACAACGGCAAGUGUUUUACCCAGAGCAGAAGUAUGCAACACAUCAGCGUUAUGAGGUCAAUUAUCCACCAAAUUAUGCUGAUCGAAGUUUACAAGUCAAUGGCUAUAACACAUCCGGCAUGAGGCCAGUUCACCCCAUGAGAGCUUUCAGUCCCUGUAAUCCUAAUGGAACCAUAGACCCUCAUUUUAUGGACCCCCUUUCAAGAGCGCCCUCCGCCCACAGAGUUCAAAACGUGACACCUGCAGGGGGUAACGGCAAUCAGUUUGGUAGACCUCCAAAUCCAUACUUGGGGAGUCCUCAAAUGUUCCCCACAGCUCAGCAACCGUUCCAUAUGCAAAUUAAGCAAGAAAUGGGUUUUGCUAACCCACAGAUGCUUGGUGCUCAUUUAAGUGGCGGCUACUUAAACCCAGAAACACAAACAGGAUUGGGUCUGUUAAACGGUAACCCAUUGUUAACUGGUAUCAAGCAAGAGCCUGGAAUUCCACAGAGACCCGCAACCCCACCAAAGCCAGAAAUCUGGUCGGACAAUGAGCACAACUUCUUGGACCCUGAAAUCGGUGGAGUGGCGGUGGCACCUAGCCAUGGCUCUGUCCUCAUCGAAUGCGCUAAACGGGAGCUUCACGCCACAACACCUCUCAAAAAUCCGGACCGUCAUCACCCAACACGUAUAUCCUUAGUCUUCUACCAGCACAAAAAUAUGAACGAGGCUAAGCACGGUCUGGCCAUGUGGGAAGCAAAGGUGGCAGAAAAGGCCCGGGAAAAGGAGGAAGACGCAGAGCGAAACGGUGGAGAGGGGACGCCGAGCAAAGGCAGCAAGAGGGGGACAAAGCGUGAACAUCCAGAGCCGUCUGAAUCUCUUGGGGAGCCUCCUUAUAAGCGUUUUAUAAAGACACUCAUUGAGGGGUCCUUAUCGUGCACAACCAACACCUACGUCAGUACAUCUCCGUAUGCCUUCACUAAGGUCACAGGACCUUAUAGUCACUUUGCCUAA